GAAUGUGAGUUUACUCGUAUAUCAACAAUCAAUAAAUAACAGAUUGCACAAAGAAGAGGCCACUCAAAGGGUCAUUAGAGAUUUUUGACUAACGAUCUGUCGGGUGUCGCUCCGCAUAUCUGUUACGGAUUAACGUCAAGGCUGCGCGUUAUCGCGAGUUGAUAAUUAACUGGCCACUUCGGCGAGAUAUAAUUUCGCGUGCGACGCAAAAGUCGCAGAUAUUUUCCACGCGGGCGGGCGAUCAACAAACCCGCGCGCCGAAACACGCAAUUACGUAACGCCGCCGCCUGGGUCUGGUUGCUAUCGAGUCUCGUGCGCGCGUGUAUAUGCGUGUGUGCGUGCGUGCGUGCGUGCGAAAGAGAAAGAUAUGAUCGCACGCGCGUAAAUAUCGAUGGCCUUGACGACGUCUUUCGCACGUGCGCAUGUUCAUUUUGUUCACCGAGAUGACGCGCAUGACUUCACAAGUGAAAUCGAGACAAAAUCGAGAGGAAAUUGCGAAUUUUCGAUCUUUCCUUCGAUCCUUGGGAGCGCGAGUGCGAAUCCCGGGUGUGCGCGAUCUUUCACGAACUUUUCAAGAAAUCUUUCCUUCGCCUCGUCCGUCGCUCGCCGCUCCAAGAUGAAAGACGUGAUCGACGUUCUCGCAAUGCAGCGUGAAAAAAGAAAUACAUUACAAAAAAGCAUUACAAUCGAUUAUACCAAGUCCAGUGACAGCUUCACUGUUUCACGAUUUAUCUUCGAAUGCGGUUUGAAAUUAGAAACUCAUCCAUUAACAGUAGCUACUGCUGCGACGCUUUAUCACAGAUUUAUUAAAGAAUCUACAGCACAAGGAUAUGAUCAUUAUCUUAUAGCUGCAACUUGCCUUUAUCUGGCUGGUAAAGUUAAGGAUGACACACUGAAGAUAAGGGAUGUGAUGAAUGUAUCCUAUAACACGCUUCACAGAGGAUCUCAACCGCUUGAUCUCGGAGAUCAGUAUUGGAGUAUGAGAGAUGCGAUUGUUCAAGCAGAACUUCUCAUCAUGAGGAUGCUCAAGUUUCAAGUCACUCCUGUGCAUCCGCAUAAAUAUAUGCUUCAUUACUUACGAUCAUUACAAGCCUGGUUUGGCGAAGAGGAGUGGUCCAAGUAUCCGGUCGCCAAAACAAGCAUGGCACUGCUGCAAGAUUUCCAUCAUUCCCCAGCUAUCCUUGACUAUCCGCCGAAUUUAAUAGCGAUAGCUUGCAUCAAUUUAUCAUUGCAAAUUUAUGGCGUGGUUGUACCUCUGAUGGACGAGUGUGAUCAACAGCCAUGGUUCAACGUUUUCUGCAAAGAUUUAGCGAGAGAUAAGUUGUGGGAAAUUAUGGAAAGAAUCAUGGGGGCAUACGACGAUGAGCCUGAAACUAGAGACAACUAAUAAGCGCGCAUCUGUAUCUAAUUGCAAUAAAGUGUUUUCCGUACAUUAUGAA